GCCGUACGAGAAGACUCGCAAACCGUUUUGAUGCUUUUGUUUGCUUGUGUGUACAUAUUGUUAAUUGUUAUGGAAAAUAGUAAAAGAAAAAUGAUUUCCAAUGCACCGACGAAAGAAUGUCAGUUUGGAGGUGAAUGUUAUCGUGUAAAUCCGGUCCAUUUCCGUGAAUAUUCUCAUCCACACAGUGAGUUAUACCUACUACCGGUCGAUUGUGUAUCACGCUGCCUGAUCCAUUUCAUAUUAACUUUUGCAGUCGAAAAAUUGCUUGCCAAGGCUGCAUCGUUCUCAAUGGUCGAAAUACCCGACGAUAUAAAAGUACACAAGAGCGUGUUUGCGGAGCAGCUGAAAAUUGUAUCCAGCCUGUUUCCUCACCUAUCGUGCGAUUCGAUAAAUCCGGAAAAGAAAUCGAAAGUUGAACCGAACUCUGCACAACCACAUCCUACAACAUCCUCGUUUCCGGUCAGCAGUGUUUCGAAGACGGACCCGAAACCUCUUAAUUCGGGAAAAGAUAACAAGAAUACGAUUGAAUCAUUGUUUGCAGAGCGUAGAGCAAAAAUGCAGGCCGCACAAAGGGAUAAGCCGGCCGAAACAGUAGCUCCGGUAAAAAAAGAGGGAUCAUCUUCCAGCGCUACUACCGAUACGGGAAUAUCAUUGAAACAGGCUAUACCACGCGAUAUAAAUUCUUACUUUCCUGUUGUAGCUCCACGGGGUCGCAUGGCACAAAAGCUUGCGAUGGCUGCGCCGUAUAAUUUCUUCCUUACCACCAUUACUGAUUCCAAGCCCACACACACGGAACCACUUUCCAUAACCUUCCAGGAGCUACUAGAUUCGAGCCUAGGCGAGCUAGAAUGUUCGGUGCAAAUGAACUUCAUGGUAGAUAUUGGCUGGUUACUGGCGCAUUACUUUUUCGCUGGUUACGAAAAUGUUCCGCUACUUGUAUUGUACGGUGAUGAAACGCCCGAGUUGAGAAUGGUUUCGCAGAAGAAGCCUAAUGUCACAGCAUUGAAAGUAGAAAUUAAGACACCGUUCGGUGUGCACCACACAAAAAUGGGCCUUUACGGAUAUCGUGAUGGCUCGAUGCGUGUCGUCAUUUCGACGGCCAAUCUGUACGAAGACGAUUGGCACAAUCGUACACAGGGACUUUGGAUUAGCCCAAGAUUACCAGCCGUACCGGAGGGAUCGGACACAACGUAUGGCGAAAGCAGAACCGAUUUCCGCGCCAGUCUGCUGAGUUAUCUAGACGCGUACAAACUGCCCCAGCUGCAGCCGUGGAUGGCACGAAUAAGAAAAACGGACUUUUCAGAUGUAAAAGUAUUUCUCAUUGCUUCAGUUCCUGGUGGUCACACGAAUACACCGAAGGGUCCCCUAUGGGGACAUCCUCGCUUAGGCCAUGUGUUAUCACAGCAUGCCGCCCCAAUAGAUGAUGCUUGUCCAUUGGUUGCCCAAAGCUCAAGCAUUGGCAGCCUGGGCCCCUCACCCGAAUCGUGGGUAUUGGGAGAAAUUAUGGCAAGCUUCCGGAAGGAUAGUGCUCCUGUAGGCAUUAGACGGUUGCCUGGCUUUCGGAUGAUUUAUCCCAGCUACUCAAACGUGCGACAAAGUCACGACGGUUUGCUCGGCGGCGGUUGCCUACCGUACGUAAGAAACACUCAUGUGAAGCAAGAGUGGCUUAAAGGGUAUCUGCACCAAUGGUGCAGUCGGACGCGGCAUCGGAACAAAGCAAUGCCGCACAUUAAAACGUACUGCCGUUGGUCACAUCGAGGACUGUACUGGUUUUUGCUAACCUCAGCCAAUCUCUCCAAAUCAGCCUGGGGUGUUUACAAUAAGACGGGUCGGUUCGAAAAGCCAUUGCGGAUAAAUAGCUACGAAGUGGGUGUACUGUUCCUGCCAAAGAUGUUGUUGGACGAAAACUUUUUCCCGAUGGAAUCCAACAAAAAACAUCCACCAUUUCCGAUGCCCUAUGAUAUCCCAAUCAUUCCAUACGCCCCUGAGGAUACUCCGUUCUUCAUGGAUUAUUUGCAACAAUAGUGGUUGUAUUUCGGUUAUUAUUCGUGGCUACAAUAUUUAAUGUUUAAAAAUCGUUCUUGUAAGGUUUGCAGAAGAUGAUAUUUCAACAAAUAAUGGCAUUUGUCAAACAUUAUCAUACAACUUAUUUAAUACAAUUUCUACAAUACCUCCAUGGCGUAAAA